AAAUCCCGCGCCCGCGAUAGUGAAUGUGUGAGGGAGGAAGGUAGGCAGUUUGCGUUCGCGAGGCGCAGUGUUCGGAGUGCCAAAAAGUCUUCUUCAGGAUGUCUUUCAGUAUUAAGCUGAUCAAGGAUCAGUUCAAUCCCGGAGAGUUGAUGCAGGGCGAACUCGUGGUGUCUCUGGACAAGCCGAGGAGGUUCAAAAUUAUCUACGUGGAGAUCAGCGGAUGCGCCGAGUCGAACUGGAAGGAACGCGGACUGACGAGCAAUGAGUACUUCCGCGGACGCCGGGAUUACUUCCACCAGAUCAUCUGCAUGGCUGGUGAUUGGCACACGCGAUCGCCCUUCGAGCUGCCCUUCACGGCCAAGCAUCGCUUCCAGUUCCAGCUCCAGCUGCCGCACACACUUCCGCCCAGGAUCAGCACUGAGUACGGCAAGGUGCGAUUCCGCGUGCGCGCCUUCAUGCACGUGGAGCGCUCUGGGCAGUUCGUGGAGGACAUCGAGAAGAAGAACAUCCACAUCGCGUCCCACUGGCGAGCCAUCGAUCCAGCAUUCGUGAGAGAGUUGCCGGACGCGAGUGUGAUCAAUCGCGAGAUGGAGGAGAACGUGAAGGUGUACGGAGAGAUGCCGAAGAGGGAGCUGGCGCUGGGCGAGGAGGCGGUCAUUCACGUGAAGAUCGAGAACAAGAGAUUGCUGCCCAUCAACAAGAUCAAGUUCCAGCUGAGGCAGAUCGUGACGUUCUACAGCAUGACGCCCAGGCGCACCGCCAAGACCGUAAUCAACGAGGUGAAGGAGAGCAAUUGCAAGACAAUCAAGUGGGAGCCGGGAACGGCGGUGCUCACGGCCACCGGCACACUGAAGAUCCCCGACUACGUUCUGGCCAGCUACGAGUGCUGCAACGAUGUGAUAUCCGUGUCUUAUGACAUCAAAGUGAGGCCCAAAGUGAAGGACGACGGAGAGAAGUUGCUGCCCAUCUUCCUGCCCGUGAUCCUGGGGCAUCCGCCCAAGCAAGAGAUUUCCUUCAUGCCCGUCUUCUCCACUCAGGGCUACCCUCAUUCCAGUCCAUCGACCUCCCAAACAGCGUCUGCGUUUGCUUCGAAUCCCAACACACUGCCUUCGUACGAAGAUCUGAUGAGAUCCGACGCAGGAGCAGCGAAGAUGUGAUCAGAACAGGAUAAUUCCACGUAACUAUUACUUGAAAUUGUUCAGUAAAGGACUUGAAAAAUA